AUGGCUGCAUCGUCCCACAGUCGCUCUCAAUCGUCAAUGACGCUGGGUGAGAGUCCCCGAGAGAUGCGCGUUGACGCUGUCGAGGAAAAGGAUGGCGGUUCACAGUCGCCUCGAACACGCUCGAUUGAGCGCAUCUCGCUCCGGAGCCAAGAACCCGAAGCCGGCGGCUCUAUGGAUCCUGAAAAGGCCAUACAGGCCAAAGUCAACACCAAAGACUCCCAAUCUCCCCCCGGCAUCAACCCAGCUGACUUCCCCGAUGGCGGCCUCGAAGCCUGGCUCGUCGUCUUCGGCGGCUUCUGCGCCCUGUUCUGCACCUUUGGCCUCAUCAACUGCAUCGGCGUCUUCCAGGAGUACUACACCAAGGGCCCGCUGAGCACGUACAGCCAGAGCGCCGUCAGCUGGAUCACGUCGCUGCAGACAAGCAUCAUGGGCCUCUGCGGCGUCGUCUUCGGGCGCGUCUUCGACUCCCACGGGCCCAGGUGGCUGUUCAUCGUAGGCGCGAUAACCUACGUGUUUGGCCUCAUGAUGGUUAGUCUGGCCACCGAGUACUACCAGUUCAUCCUGGCGCAGGGCGUCGUCGCAGCUAUUGGAUCGUCGGCCGUCUUCAACGCGUGUAUGAACUCGGUCGUGACAUGGUUCUUCAAACGGCGCUCGACAGCCUUUGGAGUCAUGGUCUCGGGCUCCUCCCUCGGCGGCGUCGUCUUGCCCAUCCUCAUGAUAAAGCUGAUUCCGCAGAUUGGUUUCCCGUGGACUAUUCGCAUCGUCGCCUUCAUCUUUCUGUUCCUGCUUACCAUUGCCUCUCUGGUCGUCAAAAGUCGGCUGCCUCCUCAGCCCAAGCCGCUGGUUCUCGCCGACUACAUGAAGGGGUUCAAAGAGCCUGCAUACACGCUUACAGUCGUGGCGAGCUUCUUCUUUUACUGGGGGAUGUUUCUGCCAUUCAACUACAUCAUCCUGCAGGCGCAGAAACAGGGCAUGGAUCAGAAUCUGACGACGUAUUUGCUCCCCAUCAUCAAUGCAAUCAGCAUCAUCGGCCGUAUCGCCCCAGGCAUCGCAGCCGACCGUAUUGGUCGCUAUAACGUCAUGAUCCUCAUCACAGGGCUAUCGGCCAUCAUAACCCUGGGUCUCUGGGUUCCAGGAAAAUCCAACGCGGCGAUUGUCGUAUACGCGAUCCUCUUUGGCUUCUCUUCCGGCGGCUUCAUCGGCGUUGCGCCUACGCUCAUCGCCCAGAUUAGUGAUAUCCGACAGAUUGGCAUCCGCACAGGGGCAUCAUUCGCUGUGCAAAGCAUCGGCGCGUUGACGGGCAGUCCGAUUGCUGGGGCCAUCGUCAGCUCCCAGGGCGGUGAUUUCCUCGGUUUACAGCUGUUUUGCGGAUCGACCAUGGUCGCUAGUUUACUGACGUUUUUGAUUGUGCGCAAGGUCAUGGUAGGGACUGACCCGAGAAAGAAGGUCUGA